GUUCAGCCGUUUGGUGCCGUAGAUGGACGCUUCGGCGAUGUCAAUGACUGUGUUGGUUUCUUCACUGUCGGCAUAAUCUCCAACCUACUCGUCGUCUUUCUACUGCUCGGAAUCUUCUCCUAUGGUCUUUCCAUGGUCAUGGGCAUCCAGACCAACGACGCGUUCGACGAUCCCAAGUCCAAAAUGAUGCAGCUCGGAAGCACUGCGGAUUAACUUCGUCAGUAGUAGUUCUGAGACGUUUGGAGACGAAAUUCCUCGGGCCUACAGCCCUACCUAUAUGUGAUCCAUUACAUUGA